GGGCCGUGUCCCUGCUCGGUGGGCUUGAAGCCCUGCCACCCGCCGCCUCACCCGCGGCACCAUGACCACUCUGAGCACCAGGGUUACAGACUGCUUUGCACUCACUCACCAGAGCUAACUUCAGCAUGCUCAAAAGGAAACAGAGCUCCAGGGUGGAGGCCCAGCCAGUUACUGACUUUGGUCCUGAUGAAUCUCUGUCAGACAAUGCUGACAUACUCUGGAUUAACAAGCCAUGGGUUCACUCUUUGCUGCGCAUCUGUGCCAUCAUCAGUGUCAUUUCUGUCUGUAUGAACACACCCAUGACGUUCGAACACUAUCCUCCUCUUCAGUAUGUGACCUUUACUCUGGAUACAUUAUUGAUGUUUCUCUACACAGCAGAGAUGAUAGCAAAAAUGCACAUCCGGGGUAUUGUCAAGGGGGAUAGUUCCUACGUGAAAGAUCGUUGGUGUGUUUUUGAUGGAUUUAUGGUCUUUUGCCUUUGGGUUUCAUUGGUGUUGCAGGUAUUUGAAAUUGCUGAUAUAGUUGAUCAGAUGUCACCUUGGGGCAUGUUGCGGAUCCCAAGGCCACUGAUUAUGAUCCGAGCAUUCCGAAUUUAUUUUCGAUUUGAACUACCAAGGACCAGAAUUACAAAUAUUUUAAAGCGAUCAGGAGAACAAAUAUGGAGUGUUUCAAUUUUUCUACUUUUCUUUCUGCUUCUUUAUGGAAUUUUAGGAGUUCAGAUGUUUGGGACAUUUACCUUCCACUGUGUAGUAAAUGACACAAAGCCAGGAAAUGUGACAUGGAAUAGUUUAGCUAUCCCAGAUACACACUGUUCACCAGAGCUAGAAGAAGGCUACCAGUGCCCACCAGGAUUUAAAUGCAUGGACCUUGAAGAUCUGGGACUUAGCAGGCAAGAGCUGGGCUACAGUGGCUUUAAUGAGAUAGGCACCAGCAUCUUCACAGUUUAUGAGGCUGCUUCCCAGGAAGGCUGGGUCUUCCUCAUGUACAGAGCAAUUGACAGCUUUCCCCGCUGGCGUUCCUACUUCUACUUCAUCACUCUCAUAUUCUUCCUUGCGUGGCUUGUUAAGAAUGUGUUUAUCGCUGUAAUCAUUGAAACAUUUGCAGAAAUCAGGGUACAGUUUCAACAAAUGUGGGGAUCAAGAAGCAGUACUACUUCAACAGCCACCACCCAGAUGUUUCAUGAAGACCCUGCAGGAGGAUGGCAACUGGUAGCUGUGGAUGUCAACAAGCCCCAGGGACGUGCCCCAGCCUGCCUCCAGCAAAUGAUGCGAUCAUCAGUUUUUCACAUGUUCAUCCUGAGCAUGGUGACUGUGGAUGUGAUAGUAGCUGCUAGCAACUAUCACAAAGGAGAGAGCUUCCGAAGACAGUACGAUGAGUUCUAUCUUGCAGAGGUGGCUUUUACUGUACUUUUUGAUUUGGAAGCCCUUCUAAAGAUAUGGUGUUUGGGAUUUACUGGAUAUAUUAGCUCAUCUCUCCACAAAUUUGAGCUACUACUUGUGAUCGGAACUACUCUUCAUGUAUAUCCAGAUCUUUAUCAUUCUCAAUUCACAUACUUUCAGGUUCUUCGGGUGGUUCGGCUUAUUAAGAUUUCACCUGCAUUAGAAGACUUUGUGUACAAGAUAUUUGGUCCUGGGAAAAAGCUUGGGAGUUUGGUUGUAUUUACUGCCAGCCUCUUGAUUGUUAUGUCAGCAAUUAGUUUGCAGAUGUUCUGCUUUGUUGAAGAACUGGACAGAUUUACAACCUUUCCAAGGGCAUUUAUGUCCAUGUUCCAGAUUCUUACCCAGGAAGGAUGGGUGGAUGUAAUGGACCAAACUCUAAAUGCUGUGGGACACAUGUGGGCACCUGUGGUUGCCAUCUAUUUCAUUCUCUAUCAUCUUUUUGCCACUCUGAUCCUCCUGAGUUUGUUUGUUGCUGUUAUUUUGGACAACUUAGAACUUGAUGAAGAUCUAAAGAAGCUGAAACAAUUAAAGCAAAGUGAAGCAAAUGCAGACACCAAAGAAAAGCUCCCUUUGCGCCUUCGAAUCUUUGAGAAAUUUCCAAACAGACCACAAAUGGUGAAAAUCUCAAAGCUUCCUUCAGAUUUUACCGUUCCUAAAAUCAGGGAAAGUUUUAUGAAGCAGUUUAUUGAUCGCCAGCAACAGGACACUUGCUGCCUCUUAAGAAGCCUUCCAUCAGCCUCUUCCUCAUCGUGUGAUCACUCUAAACGGUCUGCAAUAGAGGAUAACAAAUACAUUGACCAAAAACUCCGCAAGUCUGUUUUCAGCAUCAGGGCAAGGAAUCUUCUAGAAAAGGAGACUGCAGUCACUAAAAUCUUAAGAGCUUGCACUCGACAACGCAUACUGAGUGGAUCAUUUGAGGGGCAGCCAGCAAAGGAAAGGUCAAUUCUCAGUGUGCAGCAUCAUAUCCGCCAAGAGCGCAGAUCACUAAGACAUGGAUCAAACAGCCAGAGGAUCAGCAGGGGGAAAUCUCUUGAAACUUUGACGCAAGAUCAUUCCAAUACAGUAAGAUAUAGAAAUGCACAAAGAGAAGACAGUGAAAUAAAGAUGAUACAAGAAAAAAAGGAGCAAGCAGAAAUGAAAAGGAAAGUGCAAGAGGAGGAACUGCGAGAGAACCAUCCAUACUUUGAUAAGCCACUGUUCAUAGUAGGACGAGAACACAGGUUCAGAAACUUCUGCCGAGUGGUGGUCCGUGCUCGCUUCAAUGCAUCUAAAACAGAUCCUGUCACUGGAGCUGUGAAAAGUACGAAGUACCAUCAACUUUAUGAUUUGUUGGGACUGGUGACUUAUCUGGACUGGGUCAUGAUCAUCGUAACCAUCUGCUCCUGUAUUUCCAUGAUGUUUGAAUCCCCCUUCCGAAGAGUCAUGCAUGCACCUACACUGCAGAUUGCUGAGUAUGUAUUUGUGAUAUUCAUGAGCAUUGAGCUUAAUCUGAAGAUUAUGGCAGAUGGCUUAUUUUUUACUCCAACUGCUGUCAUCAGGGACUUUGGUGGAGUAAUGGACAUAUUUAUAUAUCUUGUGAGCUUGAUAUUUCUUUGUUGGAUGCCUCAAAAUGUGCCUGCGGAAUCAGGAGCUCAGCUCCUCAUGGUGCUUCGGUGCCUUAGACCUUUGCGGAUAUUCAAACUGGUGCCACAGAUGAGGAAAGUUGUUCGAGAGCUUUUCAGUGGCUUCAAGGAAAUUUUUUUGGUCUCCAUUCUUUUGCUGACAUUAAUGCUUGUUUUUGCAAGCUUUGGAGUUCAGCUUUUUGCUGGAAAACUUGCAAAGUGCAAUGAUCCCAACAUUAUUAGAAGGGAAGACUGCAAUGGCAUAUUCAGAAUUAAUGUAAGUGUGUCCAAGAACCUAAAUCUUAAAUUAAGACCUGGAGAGAAAAAACCUGGAUUUUGGGUGCCCCGUGUUUGGGCGAAUCCUCGGAACUUUAAUUUCGACAAUGUGGGAAAUGCUAUGCUGGCAUUGUUUGAAGUUCUCUCCUUGAAAGGCUGGGUAGAAGUAAGGGAUGUUAUUAUUCAUCGUGUGGGGCCGAUGCAUGGAAUCUACAUUCAUGUUUUUGUAUUCCUGGGUUGCAUGAUUGGACUGACCCUUUUUGUUGGAGUAGUUAUUGCUAAUUUCAAUGAAAACAAGGGGACAGCUCUUCUGACUGUAGAUCAGAGAAGAUGGGAAGAUCUGAAGAGCCGACUGAAGAUAGCACAGCCUCUUCAUCUCCCACCUCGCCCGGAUAAUGAUGGUUUCAGAGCCAAGAUGUAUGACAUAACCCAGCAUCCAUUUUUUAAGAGGACAAUUGCAUUACUUGUCCUGGCCCAGUCGGUGCUGCUUUCUGUCAAGUGGGACGUUGAGGACCCAGUGACUGUUCCUUUGGCAACAAUGUCAGUGGUUUUCACCUUCAUCUUUGUUCUAGAGGUCACAAUGAAGAUCAUAGCCAUGUCACCUGCUGGUUUCUGGCAAAGUAGAAGAAAUCGCUAUGAUCUGCUGGUGACAUCACUUGGUGUUGUCUGGGUGGUACUUCACUUUGCCCUUCUGAAUGCAUAUACCUACAUGAUGGGUGCGUGCGUGAUUGUCUUUAGGUUUUUCUCCAUCUGUGGAAAGCAUGUAACACUGAAAAUGCUCCUCCUGACAGUGGUCGUCAGCAUGUAUAAAAGCUUCUUUAUCAUUGUAGGAAUGUUUUUAUUGCUGCUGUGUUAUGCUUUUGCUGGAGUUGUUUUAUUUGGUACUGUGAAAUAUGGAGAGAACAUUAACAGGCAUGCAAACUUCUCUUCGGCUGGCAAAGCUAUUACCGUGCUCUUCCGAAUUGUCACAGGCGAAGACUGGAACAAGAUUAUGCAUGAUUGUAUGGUCCAGCCACCCUUUUGUACUCCAGAUGAAUUUACAUACUGGGCAACUGACUGUGGAAAUUAUGCUGGGGCACUUAUGUAUUUCUGUUCAUUUUAUGUCAUCAUUGCCUACAUCAUGCUAAAUCUACUUGUAGCUAUAAUAGUAGAGAAUUUUUCCUUGUUUUAUUCCACUGAGGAGGACCAGCUUUUAAGUUACAAUGAUCUUCGCCACUUUCAAAUCAUAUGGAAUAUGGUAGAUGAUAAACGAGAGGGCGUGAUUCCAACUUUUCGUGUGAAAUUCCUGCUGCGACUACUGCGGGGACGGCUGGAGGUGGACCUGGACAAGGACAAACUGCUUUUUAAGCACAUGUGCUACGAAAUGGAGAGGCUGCAUAAUGGCGGGGAUGUCACUUUCCACGAUGUCCUAAGCAUGCUCUCCUACCGGUCAGUUGACAUCCGAAAGAGUUUGCAGUUGGAGGAGCUGCUUGCCAGGGAGCAGCUGGAGUACACCAUUGAGGAGGAAGUGGCCAAGCAGACAAUCCGAAUGUGGUUGAAAAAGUGCUUAAAGCGCAUCAGAGCCAAACAGCAGCAGUCAUGCAGCAUCAUUCACAGCCUGAGAGAGAGCCAACAACAGGAGCUGAGCCGGUUUCUGAAUCCCCCCAGUAUUGAGACCACCCAGCCCAGUGAAGAAAUGAACGCCAACAGUCAGGAUAAUAAUACGCAACCUGAGACAAGCAGCCAGCAGCAGCUUCUGAGCCCCACUCUGUCAGACAGAGGAGGGAGUCGGCAAGACGCAGCAGAUGCUGGGAAACCCCAAAGGAAGUUUGGGCAAUGGCGUCUGCCCUCUGCACCAAAACCAAUAAGCCACUCAGUGUCUUCAGUCAACUUACGAUUUGGAGGGCGGACAACAAUGAAAUCUGUAGUGUGCAAAAUGAACCCCAUGACUGAUGCAGCUUCCUGUGGUUCUGAAGUUAAGAAGUGGUGGACCCGGCAGUUGACUGUGGAGAGUGAUGAAAGUGGAGAUGACCUUCUGGAUAUUUAGGUGGAAACCAAUGCAGAUUUCAGUCUAAUGGUGAAAACUAUUUUUAAAUAUUUUCUUCUAUUGUCCAGUCAGCAAUCCAUAAUUAAUACAUAGCUGAAUUCCAAUUUGUCCUCCAUAUAAAGGCAUAAAAACUGGUUAUUACCACAUGUUCAAGAAAAUGUGCAUAAUGGCAAUAUUAGUAAUAUUAGAAACUAUACUAAUAUCAGAUGUAGAUUGUUCAGAAAUUUCAUGUAUUCUAUCUAUGUAAACUAAAGCAUAUAUUCAAUAUGCUCUUAUAUAUUAUUACCACCCCUGAGAGAGUGCUAAGCCCAAAGUGGCUAAUAUUUAUGGUACGGGAGCUACAGAUUUAGUUUACAUUUUUCCCAAUUCUACUAGAAAAUUUAUCUUGGAAGAAUAUGUUAUUUACAAUUGAUCUGAAAAGGUCAGCACUGAGCUCAUGCUAAAAUGAUAGUAGUUUUACAAACUACAGAUUCUGAAUUUUAAAAAGUAUAUCCUUUUUCUCAUGUAAUUUUUUAAUAUAUAUAAGAUAUUUAGAGAUUAGAAGUCAAUUUCUGUCUUCAGUCACUCUAAUGAAAUUGAUGCUUGCUUCCAAGAGAAUUGUAUGCAGGUACUAGGGAAAGAAAUUGACCCAAGGAACUAACUGAUUUGAAUCCAAAUCUUAUGGAAAUAGAUAUGUAAAGUUGUUGAAAUUUCUUUUUUUUUAAGAUUUUAUUUAUUUACUUCUAAAGAGAAUGGAAGGGAGGGAGAAAGGAAGGGUAGAAACAUCAAUGUGUGAGAAAUACAUAAAUCAGUUGCCUGUAGCAUGGCCCCCAAUUGGGGACCUGGCCUGCAACCUGGGCAUGUGCCCUGACCUGGAAUUGAACUGAUGACCUUUCAGUUUGCAGGUCGAUGCUCAAUACACUGAGCCAUACCAGCCAGGGCAAGGUGUUGAAGUUUUUAAAAAGUAUUUUAAUAAUUGAAUCUAGAAAAAAAGAAUAAAACAAUUCAGUUUAUUUUUAAAAAUUGGCAUGCGUGAUGCUAUCAUUUGCUUUACUUUUUACCUAAGGAUGUCUAUUUUGCCAUAAAUUAACAAAUAUAUUAUGAGUUGAUCCCAACACAUCAUCAUUGUCUUUAAUUCCAAAUGACUCCCCUGCUACCUGAAUGUGCUAUGGAAAUAAUGCUAUUCUACAAAAUCUUCCUCUGAACUCAAGAGUUUAAGUAUCCCAAAACCCAAAUGCAUUUGUGUUCUAUGGGAAGAUUAAAAUGCAAAGUGAUUAAAAGCACUGUUGGUCCACUAAUGCUGAGUCAAUCUAAUAGAAGUGUGUUUGGGCCUUUACCUAUAUUAUUCUUGAUUGAAGAUUUGUGUUUAGAUUAUUUCUUUUAAUGGAGUGAUUAUCUCAGUAUCCUAUAGGAGUUCACCCAACCCCAGUUGCUUUAUUUUUCUCUGUAUAACAUUCUUAAAAUAGUCAAAUGUCACAUUCUUUCUGUAUAACAAUUGUAACAUUGUGGUGAUAGUCUAUUGUUUAUAUGAUUGUGCUGAUAAGAUAAUGGGCAAUUAAAGUCAGUGCAACUGAAAGGAAAAUAUUUGUUUUUAUGUUCAUUCAGAGUUUACUUUUUAUACAUAAUAAAAUGUAGUAAGUUCUGACUUUGUAAAGUAAUUUACUCUGAGUUGAUCAUUGCUAACCCCUUUUCUUGUGCAUGAGGGGAGAGAACUUGUGUAGGGCCACUAGAUUGCUGGCACAUUGCGAACUCUGUAUUUGGAUAUUCUGCCUAUAAUUAGUUGGCAAAAGCUCUAUCCCUGGUAUUUGCUUCAACUCAGCACCUAACCCAGAAUGUUCCUUUCACGUUUGUGCCCAUAAGACUGAAUACCCUGUACCUUCCAAACCGGUAAUAAAGCAGAAAAGGAUCUUA